AUGGGGAACACACCAGAUGUUUAUGCGAUUUUGAAGAACGAGUUAAAGGGAUCAGAGGCUGAGGUUUUGACACCGGGUAGUGCAGGAUAUGCGGAGAGUAUUAAGAGGUGGAGUGAGCAUUGUGAGAAGAAAGCACAAGCCGUUGUGAAAGUCACCUCAUCAUCCGAUAUUAGCAAGACUUUGAACUUUGCGCAGACGAACGAGAUUCCCUUUGUGGUCCGUGGUGGAGGCCAUUCCACGUCUGGAUCGAGCUCCAUUGAUGAUGGACUUGUUAUUGAUCUUUCCAAGAUGCGGAAAGUAGCUGUUGAUCCCAAAGCCAAGACUAUUAGAGCAGAAGGCGGGACCAUCUGGGAAGACGUCGAUAUGGAGGCUGCGAAAUUUGGACUUGCUACUGUUGGGGGGACGGUGAAUCAUACUGACAACCUCAUCUCUGUUGAAAUUGUCCUCGCUUCCGGCCAACUUGUCACAGCAUCUGAAUCCUCCCACCCUGAUCUCUUCUGGGCCGUCCGGGGUGCAGGCCAAAACUUCGGUGUCGUCACCGCAUUCACAUUCCAAGGCUACGACCAACCAGACCCAGUUUUUGCAGGCACCCUCGUCUUUCUCCCUGACAAACUCCCUCAAAUCGUCAGAUUUGUAAACAAAUUCCACGCCACAAGCGACGGAAACCAAGCUCUCUUAUGGGGUUUCUCCUCCCCGCCACCUGCUAACGCCCCCGUCGUGCUAGCCCAAGUCUUCUACAACGGUUCCGAAUCUGCGGGGCAAGAAUUUUUCACCGAUUUGAUCAAUCUCGGCCCUGUCGCCAACACGACAUCCAUGAUUCCGUACGAAAAGCUCAACGGCUUGCUCAACCACGCCGUUGGUUUCGACGGCCGCAAGCAAUUCGGUGGCGGCGCGUUUAAGCUGCCGCUGAACCCGGCCUUCGUGCAAAGCAUCCAUGCUGACUUUUUGGACUUUGUGAAUUCACAUGAGCGUAUGAAUGAGAGUUUAAUUUUAUUUGAGACAAUUCCGUUUACGAAGAUAUUAGAGGUGUCGAAUGAAGAGAUGGCCUUUUCGAAUCGUGGGGAUUAUUAUAAUGUUGCUACUUGCUUCAAGUGGUUCGACCCAUCGCUCGAUCAAGAAAUCCGGGACUUCAGCAGGAACCUGCUCAAGAAGGCGAGUCAAUCCGCCGGCGUCGUCCAAGACGAGAAGGUCCGGAGUGUGGAGGGUGUGGGUGUAUAUGGGAAUUAUGCGAAUCUCGACGUUUCUGCGACUGAUAUCUACGGCAGAAAUGCGAAGAAAUUGGAAGAUUUGAAGUAUAAGUAUGAUCCAAAUAACCUAUUCUCAAGGGGUUUGAGGCUAGUGCCAAAACCCUUGGUCGUGGUGAACUAA